AUGUGGCAACGCAGCAACGCUCGCCAGACGGGUUCCAACGACGCACCUCUUGCUGCUCCCCGAAGAUGGGGUGGAGGAGCAGGUGGCUCCCCUCCUCAGGCUAGUCAGGGUCAGCAGGCUGGGCCGCCAGGGGGAGGAGGAGGAUAUGGCAACGGAGGAGGGAACGGGUACGGGUACGGAGGAGGUGGAGGGGGAGGGGGAGGAGGUGAUUUUGGACGAGAUGAUAGAGGCUCCAACGAUCGAGGUGGAUGGACCAAUGGUGGUGGAGGCGCUGGAUUCGAUCACCGGGGUGGUGGUGGAGGAGGUGGAGACUACGGUGGUGCACGACCGGUCCCUCCUCCCCCUAUGCCCGCACCUUCGGACCGACAAUCGGCUUGGGGUCCACCCACAGGCUCGGAUGCACCUCCCCCACCUCCUCCCCCUGCUGCCGAUGGUCCUCCGGGCGAGAGGAAACGCAAGAGUCGUUGGGGUUCCGACAAGGUUGAAGGGCCGAUGCCGACUGCGAUCGCCGGUGCGGUUAAUGAGAAGGAACUUGAACGCUAUGCAGGUGCGUUACAGACCGCGCAGCUGUAGUCCAUACUGUCACUGACUGACUCCCGCCCGCGUCUCGCACAGCCCAACUCCGACUCGACGAAAUUGCUCGCAAGCUGCGGUCAGGCGACGUCGUACCCCCCGACGGAGCGCGUUCACCAUCGCCCCCGCCGACCUACGACGGCCAUGGACGUCGUACCAACACGCGAGAGGUGCGCUACCGACGCAAGCUCGAGGACGAGCGCAUGCGCCUCGUCGACCGCCAGAUGAAGCUCGAUCCGGCGUUCAAGCCGCCGACCGAGUACCUCGUCGCGAAACGACAAAACGCCGGUCGACCCCAGGAGAAGGUCUACAUCCCCGUCAAGACCUUCCCCGAGAUCAACUUUUUCGGUUUGCUCGUCGGUCCGCGCGGUAAUUCGCUUAAAAAGAUGGAAAGGGAGAGUGGGGCCAAGAUCAGUAUUCGAGGCAAAGGAUCGGUCAAGGAUGGAAAGGGUCGUCCUGGGGGCGGUCGGGAUGAUGAUGAGAAUGAAGAGCUACAUUGUUUGAUCCAGGCCGACUCGGAGGAGAAGGUUCAGGCUUGCGUGAAGCUCAUCAACACCGUUAUCGAGACUGUGAGUUCUCGUCGGCGACGUGUGGCCAUGCUCGCGUCGGACCAGCUGACCCUUUUCCGCUCUCUUGGUACACCACAGGCUGCUUCCAUUCCGGAAGGUCAGAACGACCACAAGAGGAACCAACUGCGUGAACUGGCGUCCUUGAACGGUACCCUUCGUGACGAUGAGAACCAAGUCUGCCAGUGAGUAGUCCCGUAUCGACUUACUCACCAUGCACUGACAUGGCUGUUGCACCUUUGCUACAGGAACUGCGGAGGCCUUGGACAUCGCAAGUAUGAUUGCCCCGAACAAAAGAACUGGACUGCUGGCAUCAUCUGCCGAGUGUGUGGUGGAGGUACGUUCAACUUGCCGACCUGGCUGUGCUAGUUGGCGAUCUACAGCGUUUGCCACUCGCGCGCAAGGAAUUAUUCUCGAAGCAUGCCAUAACUCACGCUGCAUUUUUAUAUUGCGCUCGCUGCUGCGUCUCUUGUCACGAACACCUUUUCAAUCAUCAGCCGGACACAUGGCCAGGUGAGUUCCGUCAAUUGUCGAUCUGAACUCGAGAUCAGCGCUGACUCUGGGCUACGAUCACCCUAUACAGGGAUUGUACCCAACGACGGAACGGGUUUGGUGGUCCCCCUGGACCGGGAGGCCCCGCACCGAGCUUCGGACCCGACGCCGGCCGAGCUCAGCAAUUCGAUUCCGAAUACGCGUCUCUCAUGGCCGAACUCGGCGAGACGUCCGCUGCUCCGCCACUUGCUGGUGGUGCACCCGGCGUUCAACCCGGAGGACCGGCGGCGGUUCCUGUCGAUGAUGGCAUUCCUCGCGACGAGAAUGGGAAAAAGAUUCCGCCUUGGCGUAUCCCUGCUAACUGGUACGUUUGCUCGAGCGCCUUGCCUUGA